UAAGUGAUACAAUAGCAGUCAAUGCAAUAAUAGGCUAUAGGUAACCGAUGUAGUCAAACUAUUGUCUAGCAAAAGGUUUUGUCACAAGACAUUAGUGAAGUGAUCUCGCAGCUACCGACACCACAGUGAGAGACGCGCCGUGGAGCGCUGCGCAUGCGUCGUCACCACACCGAGCGCGCGCACACGCCAUACAGUGAUAUUCGAACAUAAACAUUACAGUAAUCCUAUCCACAAACAGUGCCAAAGUAUUUAGUGUGUAAAAUCGACUAUAACUGAACUGGUUCUUUUUUCCAAGUGAAAGGACCACAUUGUCGGGGUCUGCGUGUUUACUUGACAGACGAGGAGAGAAACGGGAACAAACACUAAAGAAGAAUGGAUUCAUCUGGGGAGAAGGCAUUUAGUUGGCCGGACGAAGAUUCGGUGGAGUCAACAUCGGACCCCAACCUGACGGUGUCGAUGAUCUCCGAGGAGCUGCCUGCCCUGACGGUGACCACCAUAGUGGGCAUGACAGUCGUGAUGCUCAUCGCCAUCGCUGCUGUGUUCCUACUGGGAGUGCUCAUAGAUUGCAGACAACAGCGAUUACUAGAAAAGAAAAUGGGUGAGGCGAAGCGCAUGAAAACCAGCAGGCGAGUGAACACGGCUCCUGAAGAAGACAGUGCAAACAUAGCCAACAAUAUGGAGGAGCCUGACAUGAGCGUGCCUCCUGCCGAAGCUCUGCGGCAUAUACCUUAGUACCAACUGCCUCAGAAGUACACACUCAUGUAUCUCCAUGGCGAAAUGGCCGAAGACUGUCUUCCAUUUUUUAAAUAAUACAUAUCAGUUUUACUCUUAGAAUUUUGUGGCAACAACUUUUUUUAAUUUGUGCAAUAGGUAAGAGUUCUGUGAUUAUUUCCGUCUGAUGGUAUUUCAAAACUGUUUAAAUAAUGCAAAAAUAGUUAGUAGGGGAUUAAACCCCAUAUUGAAUCUCCAAUUGAUAAACAUUCCAUGAGAAUAAAAAAUCUUUGGUGAAAGAUAUUACAGCAAAACUUUUUUUACAUACAAGAAUACUUAAACUAUUUCGUCCAAUUAGGCUUUGUGAAAUUGGUUCUUUGAAUGAUCAUAUCAAGUAUUUAGGUCACAGGUGAAGCAGGACUAAUACAUAUUUUCCACGCUUUUAAUUUUAUGGAAAAUAGUUGCUAGGUAGUUAGAAAUAUCUAUUAAAUUUGUUUAUCAAGAACGUGACUUAAUUGAACGCGAAAUCAUUGUAUCUAUCUCGAAUCUUAUAACUUAUAAAGUUUUGCUAAACAAGUCGAGCGAGAAGCUCGGCCACUGACAUAAUGGUUUUUCACAUGCGAUGCUACGAAACAUUGUUAUUUUAGUAUGUUUGAUUAGAUAGGCCAAAGUAUAGCUUUCAUGUACAUAGUUAUUGUAAGUAGGCAAAACAUUUAAAUCACGUUAUGAUAACUUAGGAUUCGAUCCCAAGUAAAUGAAAGAGUAGUUAAAUUAUAUUAUUUUUUAGAAAAUGUUAUUCUUUUCGCAAAAUUAUAUGAUGUGAUAUAAUUUUAAUUGAUUUUUAUAUACAACAUUAUUUUUAAUUUGUAAUUUAAGUACCUACUAACAAAUGAAGUCGAAUAAGUGAAGGAAUAUUUAAUUGUAAUGACUAAGAAUCUGUUGAAAUGGAUAAAUUGAGUAUUUUUACAAAUAAAUUCAUAACUAUA